AUGAGUGCACAAAAUCUGACACUUUCAGAAUUUCAUUUGGUGGGAUUUCAAAAUCUUCAGGAAUUCAAGUUUAUUUUCUUCAGCAUAAUCCUAAUAUUCUACUUCAAGACUCUAAUUGGUAAUCUUACCAUCAUCUUGUUGAUAUUGACCACUGAAGGUCUCAAGGCCCCUAUGUACUAUUUCCUUUCCCAUCUUUCCUUGUGUGACAUUCUUCUCACUACAAACAUUGUUCCUAAACUCCUCAACAUUGUACUGACAUCAAAAGACAUCAUAUCUAUUACUGGAUGCCUCACCCAGUUUUAUUUUUUUGGUGUGUCUACAGUUACAGAAUGUUUUCUACUUACAGUCAUGUCUUUUGAUCGAUACCUGGCCAUCUGUAAUCCUUUGCGCUACCAUUCCAUCAUGAGCUUUAAGCUUCGUCUUCACCUUGUUCUCUGGUCUUGGCUGAUAAGCUUUGUGAUAUCACUGGAUUUAACUCUUUUAUUGAACCAGCUUGAUUUCUGCAAUAAUAAUGAAAUUGAUCAUUUUUUCUGUGAUUUUCAACCCAUUCUGGAACUUUCUUGUUCAGACACCUCUAUUGUGAAAAUGGAAGACUUUGUAUUAGGUGUGCCGAUAAGUCUCUUUCCAUUUGUGUUCAUUGUUGGGACAUAUACCCGCAUUGUUCUUGCUAUCAUGAAAAUGCCAUCAUUGACUGGAAGACAUAAGGCUUUUUCCACCUGCAGUUCUCACCUGGCUGUAGUGUUUUUAUAUUAUGGGACUUUAAUUGUUAUUUAUAUUGUUCCAUCUAGAGGCUCCAUAAAGCAUAUCAGCAAGCUCCUCUCUUUGCUUUACACAGUGAUGACUCCGUUAUUUAAUCCUAUAAUAUACAGCCUUAGAAACAAGGAAAUAAGACUUGCUUUGGGGAGAUUUAUCAAGCCAAAACUAUCAAGUUUCAGUAUUUAA